CAGAUGGAACCCUCCCCCGAACACACAGCAGCUGCAAUGAUUCAGAGAAAAAUGGAACGCGUGAAAGACAAAUUAACCUGUGUACAAGAGGCCCUCCGGCACCGGGCAUCAGAUCUGCAUGAUUCCCUGGUUUUAACUGAAUUCUUACAGAAUGUGCAGUUGGAAGAGAUGCUAAGUCAGAGGAACCACACCCUGGCAGUGGCUGAUCAGCUAGGCUCACCAGAGUCUUUGCCUUUCCUCAUAGCCCAUGGUGGGCAACAGCUGGGCAGUAAGGACCUAUGCAGACCACUGAAGGAGCUGCAAGAGGCAGUAGAGAUGCUGAAUGAUGUGGUGAAAGAACGGGAGUGGGCUAUGGAGGCAAUGACUGAGACAGAGAGUCUGGAUUGCUUUGCACAAGCUUUGAAAGAUGGGGAGGAAACAAGGCUGGCCUGGAUCACCUCCCAGAUGGAGACCUUGCGGGUAAAUGCAGAAGCAUUGGCUCAGGACCUCACUCAAGCAGAGAGGAGCUUUGCCACAGUGAAAAGUGAGCUGGAGCUACUGGAGCUGCAGGGCUUGUUGAGAAGGCAGCAAGAGAUAGAGAGUGAUAUGUCUGACCUGGAAGUAAACCUGGAGGACCUGGAGAGAGCAGCUGUUCAGCUGGAGAGUCCCUACCUGGUUCAAGAAAUACUGGAGGCUUGGAAGGAGCUGCAAAAUGUGGUAUUGGAAAAUGCAGUCCUGGCACAGCGUGCCGUUUGUUUGCGACAAUUCUUCAGAGAUUAUUUAGCCAUUAUCUCCUGGACAGAAGACACCCGUGCACAGAUCUUCUCAGAGAGUCUGAGCAGUACUCAUAGUCUGUCCACGAAUCAGUGGGAAGAGCUGGAGAACAACAUUGAGACUAAGUUGAAGGAGUUUGAAGAGUUGGCAGCUGCAGGAUGGCACCUGGUGGCUGAGAAGCAUGACCUCAGUGAGACAAUAAAAGAGCGAAUGGAAGAGCUGCAGAGCAUGUUGGGAUGGGUGAUAGUGCGUUGGCGAGCACAGAGUUCUCAGAAGGAGCCUGGCACCAAGAAUGGUGGCUGGAAGAGUCAAGAUGGCACCCAGAGAGUGGCCAAGAAGCACCAAAUUAAAGUAGCCCCUGAAGUAGAUAUGCCUGAUGCAGAUGGUCUCCCAAGACCCAGUGUCUCUGAAGGGUCUCCAUUCCCAUUAUGGUCCCUCCAGGAUGGUUUAGCAUCACAGCGUCAUGGACAGGAGAGAGGAGAGGACUCUGCUACAGUCCUGUCUAUUGCUGAUGUUUUCCCAGUGUGUAAAAAGAGCUCAAAGGAAUCAGUAAACUGUAUGCCCUCUAAGAAGGAUAUCCCCAAGGAAACAUUGUCCCUAAAGUCCACAGAGAACUCAGUUCUACUAGUACCACAACAAGGUGCUGGCAACCUGGGAGGCACAGUGAACUUGAUCUUGAGUAUUGGCAAUAAAGGGGACAAAAAGGCACCAGUGGAAAGAGGAGUACCAACAUCAGUAGAAGAGGAGGCCUUGCACAAGGUCAGCACCUAUUUGCUUGUGAAGGAGGACAAAGAUAAUGGUGUGGCCUGUAGAAGCUCAGCCAUGGCACAACUUGCUAAGCAAAUGACUACUCAAGCUCAAUUUUUCCCGAUUCCCACUACAAGGCGAGGUACCACCACCUUCCACACUUUGCCAAAGACCAGCUCCAGCACCCUGUGCCUGAGCAAAAAAGGAAAAGGAAUGAUAGCAGAUGCCCAGUGGUUCACUUUGCAAGGGAUCAUGGGAGCAGAGCCAAGUGAUUUGCAGCCUCUUCAGGAGAAGCAGCACAAUAGUACCUGGCCCCCUAAGUGCAGCAGAAAGGCACAUUGCCUACCACACAGAGAGCUGAUGGACAAUGUGAAGAACCCAUUGGCAUGGGCUACUGAUACUGAAUGUGACUCAGUUGGGAAAGGAUCUGGAUGCCACAUGUUUGUGAAAGAUAGCAAAAGUCUCAGCACCCCCAACACACUUUUAGAGAGAACGAACAUGUGCCAGCAUCUUUCUCUGGGUUCUGUCCUGAGCCUGGAGCUCCCCAAGGAUCCCACAGCCUUGAAGAACAUCCAUAAUACCAUCAGCAUAGCUCAAGAGGGACUAGUAGCUAGAAGGGAAGCAGGCCAGGCCAGUGGAGUGGCUCAGUGGAGCACCAAUGGAGUAAAGAUACAAGAUAAUGAUACCAGCCUGCAGAAGAGAACAGUAGGAGUGCAGCCAGCCAGUCAAAGGGGGGAUGUUCAUCACAAGUUUCCCAGGAAAAAGAGGGGCACAUGGUUUGAAGAGGUGAGUUGCAACCCAAGCUACAGCCUGCAGAAGGCUAAUUGUAUUGCUCCUUGCAAAGAGGACAAACAGAGUCCCAAGAGCCAGAGCAGUUCCAGUGAUGAAUACUUGGAUUUCAAGCAGAACCAGUUGUCCUGUAUCAGUGUACUGCAUGAGGAGUUAAACUGGGAAUGGGACAAAUUAGCUGCCCCACUGGGUACCACUGGUACCAUUAAUGAGAGGUUGCAGGCAAAGGGUCCAACUGAGCACACAACCAAAGUCAAAGAAGCAUCUAGAGUGAAACUCAAGCCUUCCCCUGCUGCACAUAGUAGUAUUGUUGAUGCAGCUCCUAGUGCAGCCAAAGUUAAAGGCCCUGCAGUAAAUGCAAUGCCUAACAAGGAAGCCAGCCAGAGUGAAUCAGAAGGAAGUUUGGAAAGAAUCCCAGUUUUAUUGCACCACAAGGAAUUCAAAUCCCCCACUAAGGUAUCUGUGUUUGAAUGUGAACUAGGCCACCAAGGAGGCAUCCCAGCAUCUUCAGUGCCAGACUCUUUAAUCCUGGCUCCAGGAGGAAAUACAACUGAAGGACCAAAGUUGCUAGGCAGAACAGACAUUUGUCACCCUGCCCAUGAGUUGUUUGAAGAGGAAGAGGAGGAGCUGCAGGCCAUAUGGAGUAAUGUGGAGAAGCACAAGAGAAGUGGCCCAGGGAGAAAGGUAGACAAGGCACAAAGCCCAAAUGAUUCUGAUGGAAAAAUCAUCUUGACAGCAGCAGAUAAUGUGCUGGUGGCUAAGUUCAAGCUUCCCACUUCUGUCCAGCCACUUCAGGGUUCAGAAGAGGGAAAAGGAUCCAAUAAGGGACUUGGUAGGAAGAGCAGUUCAAGUCAGUGCUGGGCAUCUUUGCCUUCUUGCCAGGAGCCACCUGAAAGUACAGAGGUUGCACCCAUGGGAACAGUGCUGAACUUCUGCCCAGGGGACCAGCAGAAGCUCCAAGAAGACUGCAGAGGUGUCAACAAGCCUCUGCCCAAUAAAGUGGAGCUUCAGAUGAUGGAAGGAACUCUGGAGAGGAAGCACCUGUUGCAGGCAGGAGGCAGAAAGGCAAAUUGUCGUUCCUGGAAUACAUUCCAUACGGUGCUGAUGAGACAAACUCUGUGUUUCUACCAAGACAAGAAAGACACUCUCAAGCAGAGCUCCAUGGUGGCCUUACCACUGAAUCUCUGUGGAGCCGUCUGCACCCUGGAAACAGAAUACACCAAAAAGACCAAUUGUUUCACACUGCAGUUGAAGGAUGGUUCCAAGUACCUCCUUAGAGCUCUGACUGAACCACUUAUGAAAGAGUGGAUUACCAAACUGCAGCAAAAUUCAGGUUUACCAGAAGUAGAUUAUUUCCAGUCAGCUUCCCAGGCUGCCCAAAGGACAACCUCUGCUGCUAGUGUGAUUCCUGGCCUUGGCGCCUCCCACUUACUUGGCCUUCGUCAGCCCCUUGCAGCAAAGAGCCAAGAGGAUAUGCUUCUGCCUGGGUCAAGUGCAAGGCUGCAGCUGCCUUAUGAUACUCAGGAUGGCCCACUGGAGUCUGCAGCACUACAGGGAGGAAAUAAUCAGAGAUCUGCUGCCAUUUAUACAACAGAGCACAGUCCAAAGCUGUGCUCUCCAACUGAGUCUCCAAGGACACAAGAUCCCUUUAUGUGUCAGGAAGACGACUAUGGGCUUGUGACAAGCAAGAGGAGAUCAUAUUCCUUCACUUCAGCUACCUACCAGAAGAUCAGCCCAUUGUUGGUACCAAAAGAGCCCUUGGGAGUUGGCAGCAGCUAUUCAGUCACUCUGUACAUUGGAGACCCAGCACCUCCUAUCCUCAGACCUCGCUGCCAUUCCUUCAUGGCCACCCCUGGUGGUGUCCGAGAGACUCUAAGUGAGAGAAGCCAGGGUUCCUCACCUCGCCAGAAAAACAAAUCUGUCUUCAGAAAGUUCUUUGGAAAGAAAGACUGAGAUUUUGCCUCAAUCCUUUCAACCUGGAAAUGGGGUGUGUAACUCUACACAGGCACUGUGUCUGAUUGUGGCCAGUGGGCAAUCCUGAGAUUGCUCUUUCCUGAGACUGCAGAAGAGUGAUGUAAAGGAGACAGGCUCUGGUCUGUGAAACGAUCCAUUAGGCCUCAGGUGUUUUGCUUCACCUGUUCCCUGAUAGUAGUGGAGCUUGAGGGAAGACCAUGCUGAAGUAGAGAAUAUCAACCAAUGGGGUCAGAGGCCUACAGGAAAAAUACCCUAGUCAUUUUGCAGAAGAGUGGUUCAUUGCAGCCUCCUAGGGCUUUCUCCAAGUAUAUCAGGGACCAGUCUUUGUGGUUCUCACAAGUUAAUGGAGGCUUUGGGGUAAUGCAUUCCCAGGUAUAUAUGUAUUAAUACUGUAUUUGUAUUCAAAUGGUGGGGAGUCCUGUGGUUCCUUCCUAGCAAAUGUUUGCAUGAUUUCUGAUAGGUUCAACAAAGAAAUAGUUUCCAUAGAUCCAGAGUCAAGUAAUCUGUUGCCAACUUUAAAAAUUUGCUGUUGCUCCUGUGCCUAUAACAGCACUAUGAUCGCCAGAUAUUUGACAAAUGAUAAUGCUUAUCCUUAUUCCAUGUGCCAUUUCUAGAUUUUUGCAGACCAGGCUGCCAUAAAAACAGUAAAUGUUUUUGAUCAUUUGGCAACACUGUUCAGGCGUGGAAUCUCCCCAUAUUUCCUGAGUAAUUGUGUCUUGCACUGUAUGAAUGUAGAGUUAGCAUAUAUCUGAUCCAAAGACUGCUGAAGGUUGACCAACCAUCUGGGAAAUAAUAACUUUAGGAGCCUAAUGAAAUCAAUUAUACCCACAGUGUACAGAAAUACAGAUCGAGUGUUCACUCUCGUUAAAGAAAUCUAAUGUUCAUUCUGCUUUUCUUUUCGUCUGCCUAUAACGCCAAGCGCAGGAGCAAAUGUGGCUUGUUCAGUUGCCAGUUGCAUCUCCUGCAGAAAUAUUGACGCCACAUGAAAAAACCAAUUGGCCAUCGGUGUGGCUUCAUUCAAAGUGCAUUAGAACUAAUUAAGUUGCAAAGUGAAAAACAGUGAAUCUCUUACUGAAUUGUUCCAAGGCACACUUCCACAGUCUGAUUUAAAGAAUGGAAAUCCUAAGAGUAAGUGCUUUAUAGUUACUCCUGAAUAGUAGGGAAGAUAACAUGCAGCACGCUGCAAGCAGAAAGCGCAAAACUUAAUAUCUGCUGGUAUCUGAGGGCCAAAUGCUGCUUUGCCUUAAAAGAGCCUCUUCCUGAAUCCCUGCUUGUUGAAACAAUGUAAGGAUGGGGAACACUUGUUGGUGAGAAAUGGCAGCCAUUUUACCUCUUCCUGUGGCCACCAAUUCUUCCCUGCAAAUGCUGCUUCCAGCCCCUGCCGCACCCCCAUUUAUUUCCAGAGCUGCAGUGUGGGGAAGCUUUUUUAAUAGCCUGGGGGAUAUUUGUAGGGAAGAGGUAGCAAACAGUAAACAUUCUAGCCUGCAAACUUUCCCCCUAAACUCUCGGUAAAGCUUUAAAGCAUUUAAGAGCUUUUAUUUGCCUCGUAAUAUGAAGUUCUGCACCGUCACCCCUCAAAUGUGAACGGAAGGGAUUUCCAUGCUGCAUUCUAGUACCUCUGCCACCUGCUUUUCACUUGUGAUGAGUUUGUCUUAUCCAUGGUAAACAUAUUUUUGGUUGAGGAGCUUGCCUAUUCUGUACACAUUGUCCCUGAAUGAAGAGACUAUUAAAUUUGUGUGGCGGAGAAGACAUCUCUUUCAAAAGAUGGUGGUUGGUUUAAAAUCAGCACUAGCAGCUAUGAUAUGACUUUUACAUUUGCUUCUUCCAGUUUCCUUCUACCCACUCCCAUACUCUUUCUGUUUGGGGUAUUGGGCCAGUACAGGCACUUAGUUUAACACUAACAUCCAAGUAAACACCUCCAUACCACCUCAAUGAGAGCCAAACUAGAAAUUGCAGUGGCCACGGGUCCAACUGUAGCAUUUUUAAAUGGCCAAAUUCGCCUCUAAAAUGGCAUUGGUGACCAUGGGUCUGAACUGUGGCUAUCAUAAUGUUUAGUUUGGCUCUGAGAGCAGGUGAAAAGACAUGCAGUUUAAUCCAGGAACCUGAUACAGGCUUUUUCUCAUUUCUUCUUGCUGGGUCUGACACACACCAGCAAUGGCACUCUGGUGGGCUAUUUCACAUAGGACAACAUUUCCAACAUUAUUAUUUAUUUCCAAAAUUUGUACACCACCAUUCUGUCUGAUCAGGGCUGGCUACAUGGGAGGACUCUUCCCUGUAAAAAAUAGCGUGAACCUUGCAUGUGGUUUGUUGCAUGCUUGAACAUUCCUGUAUUUGUGCUGAAAAUAGAUAACCUCUGUACACUAUAGCUGGUAUACCCCAUGUGUAUUCUACAACUGUUACAAUAUUAUGGCUAAGCAACUGAGCUAUGAAUUGGAAAGUGAUUGCUUUGAAUCUUACCUCUACACUCAAUACAGUAGGUGCCCUUAGGCCAGCCACUAUCUCAAUCUCCUGUCUACAGUGUGCGUGUGUGCCGUCAACACUAUGAA